AACAGCCAGUCGAAGCCAGCCAGCGUCUGAGCCAGCACAGGAACUGGAGCAACGGCGGGCGAAGGGUGGGCUGCGUUGGAAUACGGGAAAAAAUUCAAUAUUCACCAUCACGGACGGUGUAUACAGCCGAGCAAACGUCGACAUGAAAGUGAAAAUCUUCCAUUUGGGGUCGGGAAGCUGAAGCAUAUUGCAGCCCGGUCACAUUACGUUUUCGGUGGGAUAAGCCUUCGGUGAUACACUGGGUGUGCUCGGUGCAGUAACGGUGCGAUUCAACCGGUUACUCCAACGACAGCUAGCUCACGUUAAGCUAGCUAGCCAACCAUUUUCCAGAGCCUAGCUAGCUUGCGGUGAGGAGAGCAUCUUUGUCGGUGAGGGGAAGUGUCCGUGAAUGGUAGUGACUGAGUUUUGGAACUGGCAGUAUCCAACAAUAAUAUACAAAGCCGAGGCAUGCAAACAGGGGUGUUUUUCUGCAAACGAGCGAGGAGGUCUCCACGCCCUGGGGUCUGGUCUGUGGCUACUGUUUAGCUAGCUCGUUGGCUAGCCAGCGCACCGGGAGAGAAGCCUAGGAGAAGGCGCGGCCGCGGUGUGACAUCCUAGGACGCCAGCUAAUGGGGCUAGCCGGCUAACUUGGACUCUUGAGUGGCCACUGAAUUUCCUGACAUUGGGGGGAUUUAAUUGCCAGCAGUGUGCAGUCUGGCACAACAGUAACUCCAAGAGAAUACGUUAUCAUCGAUUCCCCCCAAAAGCCGUGUGGGCAGGAUAUCUUGUGGAGAUCGCCCUCCUUUACCUGAAUGACGAUGGCGGACGACGACGUGCUUUUCGAGGAUGUCUACGAGCUGUGCGAGGUGAUCGGAAAGGGUCCCUUUAGCGUGGUGAGGCGCUGCAUCAACAGGGACACGGGCCAGCAGUUUGCUGUAAAGAUCGUCGAUGUGGCCAGCUUCACCUCCAGCCCGGGUCUCAGCACAGAAGAUCUGAAACGAGAGGCCAGUAUCUGCCACAUGCUAAAACACCCUCACAUCGUGGAGCUGCUGGAGACCUACAGCUCGGAUGGCAUGCUCUACAUGGUCUUUGAAUUUAUGGAUGGAGCGGACCUGUGUUUUGAAAUCGUUAAGAGAGCGGAUGCUGGGUUUGUGUACAGCGAAGCGGUGGCCAGCCACUACAUGAGACAGAUUUUGGAGGCACUUCGAUACUGCCACGACAACAAUGUGAUUCAUCGCGAUGUAAAACCUCACUGUGUGCUGCUGGCCUCAAAGGAGAAUUCUGCUCCAGUCAAGCUGGGAGGUUUUGGAGUUGCAAUACAGCUGGGAGAGUCUGGCUUGGUGGCUGGAGGUCGGGUUGGUACUCCCCACUUCAUGGCCCCAGAGGUGGUGAAGAGGGAACCAUAUGGAAAACCAGUAGAUGUGUGGGGAUGUGGAGUCAUCCUCUUCAUCCUCCUGUCUGGCUGCCUGCCUUUCUACGGCACCAAGGAGCGCUUGUUUGAGGCUAUCAUUAAGGGCAAAUACAAGAUGAACCCGCGCCAGUGGGCCCACAUCUCAGAGAGCGCCAAAGACCUGGUGAGACGCAUGCUGAUGCUGGACCCUGCUGAGAGGAUCACCGUCUACGAGGCCCUCAACCACCCCUGGCUGAAGGAGAGGGACAGGUAUGCCUACAAGAUCCACCUGCCUGAAACAGUGGAACAGCUGAGGAAGUUCAACGCCAGGAGGAAGCUGAAGGGUGCAGUUCUCGCUGCUGUUUCCAGCCACAAGUUUAAUUCCUAUUAUGGCGACCCCCCAGAGGAGCUGCACGACUUCUCAGAUGAUCCCACCUCCUCAGGACUGCUAGCUGCUGAAAGGGCAGUGUCACAGGUUUUGGACAGUCUAGAGGAGAUUCAUGCGUUGACUGACUGCAGCGAGAAAGACAUGGACUUCCUGCACAGUGUCUUCCAGGACCAGCACCUCCACACCCUGCUAGAUCUUUACGACAAAAUCAACACCAGGUCGUCUCCUCAGAUCAGGAAUCCUCCCAGUGAUGGAGUGCAGAGAGCCAAAGAGGUUCUGGAAACCAUCUCCUGUUACCCGGAGAACAUGGAGGCCAAGGAGCUCAGGAGGAUCCUCACACAGCCACACUUCAUGGCUUUGCUGCAGACCCACGACGUGGUGGCCCAUGAAGUCUACAGCGACGAGGCGCUGAGGGUGACGCCCCCACCCACUUCACCGUACUUGAACGGCGACUCGCCAGACAGCACUAACGGAGACAUGGAUUUGGAGAACGUCACCAGGGUUCGCCUGGUCCAGUUUCAGAAGAACACUGAUGAGCCCAUGGGCAUUACUCUUAAAAUGAAUGACCUGAAUCACUGCAUCGUGGCCCGCAUCAUGCAUGGAGGGAUGAUUCAUCGACAAGGGACUCUUCAUGUUGGAGAUGAGAUCCGUGAGAUCAAUGGCAUCAGUGUUGCAAAUCAGACGGUAGAGCAGCUCCAGAAGAUGUUGAGAGAGAUGAGGGGUAGCAUAACCUUCAAGAUUGUACCCAGCUACCGGUCCCAGUCCAUGUCUUGUGAGAAAGAGUCUCCAGAUCUGUCCCAGCAGUCACCUGCAAAUGGACAUGCAAGUGUCACCAGCUCAAUUCUGGACCUGCCAGCGACGAUUCAGCCCAAAGGCCGCCAGGUGAGACUAGCUCUUUCUGAGCAGCAUGAAGACCUGAUCUCCUCCAGUGUCAGUGUGAUAUAUGUUCGCGCUCAGUUCGAGUAUGACCCAGCCAAAGAUGACCUCAUCCCCUGCAAGGAGGCCGGAAUUAGGUUCCGAGUGGGCGACAUUAUUCAGAUCAUUUCCAAGGAUGAUCACAACUGGUGGCAAGGCAAGUUGGAGAACACCAAGAAUGGCACAGCAGGCCUCAUCCCCUCUCCAGAGCUCCAGGAGUGGCGUGUUGCCUGCAUAGCAAUGGAGAAGACCAAACAGGAGCAGCAAGCAAGUUGUACCUGGUUUGGAAAAAAGAAGAAACAAUAUAAGGACAAGUAUUUGGCCAAACACAAUGCAGUGUUUGACCAACUAGAUCUGGUGACAUAUGAGGAAGUGGUCAAACUGCCUUCUUUCAAGAGGAAAACACUUGUUUUGCUUGGUGCACAUGGAGUGGGCAGGAGACACAUCAAGAACACACUCAUUACCAAACAUCCUGACCGGUUUGCCUACCCCAUCCCUCACACGACACGACCGCCUAAGAAAGAUGAGGAAAACGGAAAAAACUACUACUUUGUCUCUCAUGACCAGAUGAUGCAGGACAUCAGCAACAACGACUAUCUGGAGUACGGCAGCCACGAGGACGCCAUGUACGGAACCAGGCUGGAGACUAUCAGGCAAAUCCAUGCACAGGGCAUGAUCUCUAUUCUCGAUGUUGAACCACAGGCACUGAAGAUCCUCAGGACGGCCGAGUUCGCUCCUUACGUCGUCUUCAUCGCAGCUCCCACCAUCACUCCUGGGAUGACAGAAGAUGACUCUCUUCAACGGCUCCAGAAGGAAUCAGAGAUGCUGCAGCGAACCUACGCUCACUACUUUGACCAGACCAUCAUCAACAAUGAGAUUGAUGACACCAUCCGCCUGCUGGAAGAGGCUGUAGACCUGGUAUCCACCACUCCUCAGUGGGUUCCAGUCUCCUGGAUCUACUGACAUACACUCAACAGCAAUUAGCUCAUCACCCUGAACUGUCCACCUCCAAUUACAUCAACACAGAUGCUGAACUUUGGACAAAUCCCCUUGACUCUUGUCUCUCUCAUCACAAUGUUACAUUUCUGUAGAUGAACUCUGGUUACAAAAGGGGUAAAUGAAAACACAAAUAACUCUUACACCUCACGACAGAGACUUCAUCCUAUCCCUUACCCCUUUUUCUCAACAGCCUUAAAGGCACAUUGUUGUGUACAUAUAUACAUAAAUAUAUAUAAAAAUGAUAAAAGUAAGUGAUUAUGGUUCUGUCUUCAUAUAGUUGAAGGGUCAGGAGUGCAGGGACAACGUGGUAGAUAUUUUGUACUUUUCUUUUGUAAUUGAUGAAUGGAUGUUAAUACUGAAGGCAAUAGUGAGCAUGACCAUACAGCAAGUCUUAUGUGGGUGACUGUGUGUGUUUUUAAGGCACUUCUUGUGGUACUCUGUGUCCUCCCGCUCCAAAAUCUCCUCAGCCCCUGUAAACCACAAGCCAAACUCUGAAGCACAUUGGAAGCUGCUAUAGUGGCAACAAGUUACUCCCUCAACUCCUCACCUAAGUUUGAGAGAAUCCAAAAGCACAGGACACUUAGCAGUUUCUCCUCCCCAGCCCUUUGUCUCACUGUGCCUCUCAGCUUGUUGAAGGAGCACACUGCAUCCCCCUGUUACUGUAGCCUGUUACUCCCUGCUUCCCUUCCCUGCCUAUGAACUUUGUUUACAUCUCAGUUUGCACACAAUGGACAAUGAAGAACACACAUACUGCAUUUUGUCUUGCCUACUCCCUGACUGCCCUCAUACACACUGAUCAGCGGUCAAUGAAUCUGGAAUAUCUUUCUCGGGGCACAAUCAGCUGUGAACAAACACCAACACAUCCGCCACUGAACUGGAAUACAAAAACCACUCACAGAAAGAAAACUGAACUGCCUUAUCAGAGCCUCGGGAAGAAGUCUAUACCACCUAUGCACACCCCUGGUUUCUGCCAGGCAGACCGCCACGACAACCAUUUCCUCAAGCUAGAACAAUAAGCCACACUUGAAGUAUUCAUAGCAACAUGUCCCUGUGGAAGAGGAGGAUGAAUCCAAUCCUAGAGCCGCCAUUUUGGAACUGUUAACUGUUGUCUUUAAAAAUAUAAGGAGUAUUCUGUAUCAAGGGAGAGAAAAAUAACAAAAUUUGGUGUGUAAAUGUUUCAAUGGUGCGUACAUCAUGAGUGAACUACCAAGAGCCACUGUAUAUUAACCCUUAAAAGAAGCUCAGUAUGUGACAUAACCUCUUCAUGCUUUACCAGAAGUGGCACAACACACCCACAGCAUCAGUCAAAGGUUUGAAAGAAAAAUAGAAUAAUAAAAAAAAGAGAACACUAGCUGCUGUUCUGCCACUUACAGUAAAGCAUUUUCAUUUCAAGUCCUGUGUAAAUUACCUCUGCAAAUGACAAAAGCAGCUCCUCUGUAUGAAAUGUUGUUCUUUUUUGUUAUUUCAUUUUUUAAAAACAAAAUAUAUUUCCUUUUACGUG